AUGUCUUUCAAAGUACUUAUCUUGGUCGCCCUUGUGGCAAUUGUCUACGCCCACGAGAAGAAGGUAGAGUACAAAACCAUCCAUGGAAAGGUCAUCGAACACAAGCAUGAAGCUGAAUUCGGUCACAAAAUCCACAUCAACCACCCCACCAAAGUAGAACACCACCACGAAGCUCCAGCUCACCACGAAUAUCACCACGAAGAACCAGUUCACCACCACCAGAAAUCUUCAUUCGGCCAUAAAAUCGAAAUCAAACAUCCCCAUGAAGAACGUUACAAGGAUCACGUUAAGGGAGAAUACACUUUGGUUGAACCCGAUGGUCACAAAAGGAUCGUCGAAUACACUGCCGACAAACACAGUGGUUUCAACGCACACGUCCGCAGGGAACAUGAACAUCAUCAUGCCGCCUCAGUAGCCCAAGAAUCUCAUCACCACGAACAGUCAGCCUCCAAUGAACAUCAUUAUCAUCAUGAAGCUGCAGUAGGCCACGAAUCUCAUAAACAUGAGCCCACUCAUGUACCACACUACGAGUUCGGUUACACCGUACAUGACCCAAAAACCCAUGAUGUCAAAUCCCAAAAGGAAGAACGUUACAAGGAUCACGUUAAGGGAGAAUACACUUUGGUUGAACCCGAUGGUCACAAGAGGAUCGUCGAAUACACUGCCGACAAACACAGCGGAUUCAACGCACAUAUCCGCAGGGAGCCAAUCCACCAUUAUUAA